AAAGUCGCUGCCCGAUGAGCACGACUCUUUGGUGUCAGCUGAUUUAAGAGCCUCACUUCCAGUUGCGCGUUGAUUCAAAUCUCCGGAAAUGGGCGAAGACGAAGCCAUUGCCAAGUUUUCUGAGGAUCAAAACGACGACGGAGUAAGCGAAUCGAAGGCCGUUCCAGUAGAAGAUAAAGAAAGCAUAAACGACAAAAAUGUGGAGAAGUUUCUGGACUCCAUGGAUGACUAUUUAAUCCUCGUCGAUUCCUUGUCCUCCAUUCUUCGCCAGGGAUGGUUAGAAUUGGCGAGUGCUCGGCAUUCCAUGGGAGCGUCACGCAUAAGUGCGUCUUCCUAUGACAUGAAGUACCAUUCAGCUGCUACUACAUUGCAACUGCAGCAUGAAACUGCUAGCUCUGAUGUAGGGCAACCGCAUUUUGUGUUGCGCAAAUGGGAAUCCUCGGAUAGUCCUAAAAAAGAUCCUUCGGAUAGUCCAAAAAGAGAUCCUUGCGAAGCAAAACUUGAGGAGGAUAAAUGGGUACAGAGUGUAUCUAGUGGUCUAAGGAUCAGGACCAAGGGAACAUCUGAAAGUUCUGAGAGUAGGGAGAAAAAGGCGGAAAAUACUGGAUCUCCACCUUCUGUUGAAGGCCAUGCUCAAAAAGAACGACUCAAGGCACUCUCCAUGUUUGGAGCAUUGGCUCCUCCUAAACUUCGAGCUGCCCAACUUUCAUUUGAGACAGCCCUGGAAACACUUGCAGAUAUAGCAAAUGUGCGAGCGUCAUUGCUACGUGCUUAUGAACAAGUGCAAAAAGAGAUGGAGAGCCCCAUACAGUGAUGAAAAGUUAGUUCACAACCAAUGUAGCCUUGUGUUCCUCAAAUACAUGUUUGUGACUGGAAAAAGAUUGUUUUGUAGUUAAUUGAUUAGUAUAUGGAUUUUCUUCGGUAAAAGAAACAAGUAUAGGGCUCAAUUGCUUCUUAAAUGGUCUUUUCCUGCAGGAAGUGAUGACAGCUUUUGAUGUGUUGUAAUCUUGAUGGUAAACCACUAUUGUAUGCUGUAUCCAUUUUCCAUUUUAAAUGGGAAAUUAAUACUGCAAAUGGAUUGUGUACAUCCUUUUGUUACCAUCAAAGUAUUAAAUUAAUGAGAGAAUGCUUCAAGGUUGUUUGAUGAGCAUACAAGAUUA